AUGAACAGAAUCAAGGCAAUGCAUAACUUAUAUGGAGUUCAAACGUUCUUCCUGUGUUUGGAAGACAGCACUGGAGCCUCCUUUGGUGUUUUUCUAAUGAAUAGCAAUGCCAUGGAGUUUGUGGUGCAGCCUGCUCCAGCGGUGACCUACAGAACCACUGGUGGGAUCCUUGAUUUCUAUAUGUUCUUGGGGAACACUCCAGAGCAAGUAGUUCAGGAGUACCUGCAGCUCGUGGGAUUGCCAGCAUUGCCCUCCUACUGGAGCCUGGGCUUCCAGCUCAGCCGCUGGAAUUACGGUUCUCUGGAUGAGGUGAAGAGAGUUGUGGAGAGAAACAGAGCGAUUGGACUCCCUUAUGAUGCUCAGAUCACUGAUAUUGACUAUAUGGAGGAAAAGAAAGAUUUUACUUAUGACAAAGUGAAGUUUCGAGAUCUCCCUACUUUUGCAGCUUAUAUGCAUGACUAUGGCCAAAAAUAUAUUAUCAUAUUGGAUCCUGCUAUUAGCAUACACAAUCUAGCUGACGGUAGUCCAUAUGAAAGCUACAUCAGAGGAGAGAGCAAAAAAGUCUGGGUUAAUGAAUCAGAUGGAGUAACAGCAUUAAUUGGGGAGGUUUGGCCAGGGGAAACUGUGUUCCCAGACUUCACCAACCCAGACUGCACUAGCUGGUGGGUGGAUGAAUGCAAACAGUUUUAUAAUGUAGUGCCGUAUGAUGGGAUCUGGAUUGAUAUGAAUGAAGUGUCCAACUUCGUUAAAGGCUCAAAAAAUGGUUGUGCGCAGAAUGACUUAAACUAUCCUCCUUUCACUCCCAGUAUUCUUGAUAAACUCAUGUUUUCCAAGACACUUUGUAUGGAUGCAGUGCAGAAGUGGGGGAAACAUUAUGAUGUCCACAAUCUUUAUGGAUAUUCCAUGGCCAUAUCAACACAAAAAGUCAUUGAAGCACUGUUUCCUGGAAAACGAAGCUUCCUUAUUUCGAGGUCUACUUAUAUCGGAUCAGGAAAGCACACAGGACACUGGCUGGGAGAUAAUGCAGCAACAUGGGAUCACUUAAAAUGGGCAAUACCUGGAAUGUUGGACUUUAACCUCUUUGGAAUUCCUUAUAUUGGAGCAGAUAUUUGUGGUUUCUUUGACAACACCACAGAAGAACUUUGCAGACGAUGGAUGCAAGUAGGAGCAUUUUACCCAUUUUCCAGGAAUCACAAUUGUGAAGGAUUCAUACCUCAGGAUCCAGCUGUCUUUGGACCUGAUUCACUUUUGGUGAACACCUCCAAGUAUUACUUGAACAUUCGCUACACUUUGCUGCCCUACCUGUAUACACUCUUUUAUAAAGCUCAUACUCAAGGAGACACAGUUGUACGGCCAGUUUUGCAUGAGUUCUACUCGGAUGAAGGUGUGGAUACAAUUCAAGCGUACAUUCCUGAUGCAGUCUGGUAUGAGUAUGAUACAGGGGCAAAAAUCCCAGUGAGGAAACAAUGGACCAGUAUGAACCUGCCGGCAGACAAACUGGGACUUCAUCUGAGAGGAGGCUAUAUUUACCCUACUCAACAACCAGCUAACACAACAGUUGCAAGCCGCAAGAAUCCAAUGGGACUUAUAAUUGCCCUGGACGACAGCAACGCAGCUUCUGGGGACUUGUUCUGGGAUGAUGGAGAAUCUACAGGUACAGUUGAAAAUAAAGCCUACACUUACUAUGAGUUUACAGUUUCCAACAAUGUUCUACGAAUGAAUGCUAUAAACAGCAAUUAUGCUGAUCCUAACAACUUGAAAUUUGAAGAAAUCAAGAUAUUGGGAGCACUCCAGGAAAUAACAGCAGUUACUGUAUCUCCAAACAAUGCUGGGGAAAAUUCUUCACUUAAUAUCACCUAUUAUCCUCUAGAAAAGGUUCUCUACCUGGGCAGCAACAUCUUGCCACGAUGCCCAGAUGGGUUUGCCUCUGCGCUGCCAGUUACUCUGCUUCCAUUGCUUGUAACCACCCCGACAGGGCAUUUGCCACCAUCCAUGAGUCAGUAUAGAGACAAAGUAGAAUGUACCUCCUCAGGUUUGGCAGCCAGCCUCACCUUAAACAGUGCCAAGACCACAGCUAAUGAGAAUUUCACUACACCAAUUAGUACACUACACUUGGACGUGAAAUAUCAUCUCAACCACAUGCUGCAGUUUAAGAUUUAUGACUAUCAAAAUGCAUGAUACGAGGUUCUGGUACCACUAAAUCUCCUGAGCUCCCCAUUGAGCAUGGACAAGGAAAGACUCUGUGAAGUAACAGCUCAGAAAAAAACAUUUCAUGUACAGGCUCGGCACAAAAGCACAGGAAGAGUCAUGUGGGAUUUGCAGCUGCCCACCUUCACAUUCAGCAACAUGUUCAGUCAGAUUUCUACCCACUUAGCAUCCCAGUAUAAUGGAUUUGGAGAAACUGAGCACACCGUGUUUCAAUGUAACAUGAGCUGGCACACUUGGGGAAUGUUCACAAGGGAUCAGCCUCCUAUUGUAAGUAGAAGCAAAUGUAGCUUUUGGACUAAUGAGCCUAAAGUGCAGAGGCUGAACAGGACUGACUUGGUUGAUGGAGAUGGGAAGCAGAAUGAAGCCCCAGUGAUCGAAGAGGUAACAGUUAGCGACCUGCUCCUCUACCUGGAUGCCCACAAGUCCAUGGGGCCAGAUGUCCAAUAUGUAUAUAUUGACCAUAUGGAAAGGCAACUGUACUUCACCAUUGGCACAUUCUUUGCUGGGUUACCAGCUCUGAUUAACAGAAUAAAAGAAGAAGGAAUGAGAUUUAUCAUUAUCCUGAAUCCAACAAUUUCCAGAAAUGAAACCAAUUCUCCUGCCUUCUCAAGAGGUUUGCAGGAUGAUGUCUUCAUAAAAUGGCCCAAUACCUAUGGCAUUAUGUAUUCCAAAGUCCGGCCAUUUCUGCCCAAUGUACAAGUCAAUGAGUCACUGCCUGAGCAAAUCCAAAUACACAUCAACAGAGCACAUGUUGCUUUCCCAGACUUCUGCAAUUCCACGGUGGAGUGGUGGAAGAGAGAAAUCCUGGAGUUCUACAACAGUUCCACCAGCUGCUUGAGAGGCAUCAAGUCUGAUGGCCUGUGGAUUGACAUGAAUGAACCAGCAACUUUUCUGAAUGGCGCCACUGAUGGUUGUAGAAAUGACCUCCUAAACAAACCACCAUACAUACCUCAAUUGGGAUAUCUGUCAGAUGGAUUAACUGCCAAAACUCCACGCAUGACAUUUCAACAAUAUCUUCUAGAUGGUACCGCUGUUAGACACUACGAUGUCCACAGUCUUUAUGGAUGGUCACAAACAAAACCUACCCUAGACGUUUUGCAGAGUGCCACCAAGGAGCGUGGGAUUGUUACCACCCAUUCCACAUAUCCCAGUAGCAGAAGAUGGGCAGGACACUGGCUGGGUGAUAACACUGCAGCUUGGGAUCAGCUGGCUAAAUCUGUUAUUGGUGUGAUGGAGUUCAGUCUCUUUGGAAUAGCUUAUAGAGGAGCUGAUAUGUGUGGCUUCUUCAAAGACUCGGAGUAUGAGCUGUGUCUUCGCUGGAUGCAGCUGGGCGCGUUUUACCCAUACUCAAGGAAUCACAGUGAGAAAGGAGCAAGGAGGCAAGAUGCUGUUUCCUGGAACUGAACACUUGAGGAGAUCUCCAGGAAUGUGCUGAAUAUAAGUUACACCCUGUUACCCUAUUUCUACACGUUACUGUAUGAUGCCCAUGGCAGCACUGGGAUCCACCCCGUACUCCAUGCGUUUGUAGCAGACAGAACAACCUGGGAAAUAUGUAAGCAGUUCCUCUGGGGACCCGCGCUGCUCAUCAGCCCUGUGAUUGCCCGCUGGUGUGAUUACUACACAGAUGAAGAUAUUGGCUUUAGGGGACAAUUCGAACUUUUAUCAGCUCCUUUGGAACAUAUCAACCUGCAUAGCCAAGGCAGAUACAUCCUUGCUUGGCAAAGACCUGCUAAUACAACUUUUUACAGGCAAGAUUAA